CCGAGGCCGUCGCCACGGCAACGGCGCCACGCGCGCCCAGAGACGUCGCAGGGAGAAGCCGACUCGCAUGGCUCGGCGACGGCUCGAGGAGGCGGUGAUCACAGCGAGGGAGCUCAAUGAACAGCUUGAGCUGAUGAAGCCGGAGCAGAGCUUGCAGCAUCCCCAGCAUGUGCCCCUGCCCCGGGACAGCUAUGGCAUCUACAGCCUGCAGUUCUCCCACAGCGUGCGCAAGCUGGCCGUCGGCUUUGGCAAUGGGGCUGUGCAGGUACUGAGGGUGCCGGACGGAACCCCACAGGCAGACCUGUGCCUUGGCCACCCAAAGCGACAGGCAGUCACCUGCAUGGCCUUCCACCCCAAGAACAUGGACCUCUUGGUGGCCGCGUCCGCUGACGGCAGCAUCAACGUUUACAAUAGCGAGACUAGCGAGUGUAUCCUGUCGUUCACUGAGGAAGGAAAUGAAAUCAAUGGACUUGAUUUCUGUCUGGAUGGAAGCGUUUACGCCACCUGCGGGAAGGAUAAGAACAUCCGCGUCUACGACAGUCAAACAAAUCAGAUGGUCCAUAUGUACGAAGCACCCGACAUUUCCUGUGAAGACAUCAGCCUGACCAGUGGGCAUUCCCGUCGGAUAUUUGCACUCAAGUUUCAUCCUGAAGAAUUGCACUACUUCGUCACAGGAGGAUGGGACAACUCUCUGAAGAUCUGGGACAAGAGGAUAACGAGCUGUGCUCGGAAGCUUAUCAUCGGUCCACACAUAUGUGGCCCAGGCAUCGACAUCAAAGGCAACAAGGUUUUGACUGCGUCAUGGGUGGCCCAGAACUCGCUGCAGCUGUGGGACUUUGGCAGCUGCAAGCAGGAGAAGCAGAUCCCCAUCCCGAGCGAGCCGCAGCAGAGCGAGUUCUUGUACGCUGCCCAGUUCUGCAGCCGCGACGUUGUCAUCGCUGGUGGCAGUGGCACGAACACUGCUCAUGUCAUCAACUACAAGACUGACCAGGUGCUGGGCAAUGUGCCAAUAGGAAAGGCUGUGCAGGUACUGGACACUGCUCUCGGGGGGAAGCACAUUGCUGUUGCUGGAGUUGGUGGCAAUCUUCAUCUGACAUCCUUAGUUUGACUAUGCAUGUAUCUUUGUAUGUAUGUUGAACGUCUUUCGCACCCUACGUAGCCAACCGUGCUAAUCGGAGGUGCGAGACCUUAGAAAGCAACCUACUGCCUUGCUUCGUCCGGAGGCGCACGCUGGUGGCAAUUAAAAUAGAUCAAUUAAACCGAGUCAACAAACGCGAAUGUUCUAUACUGCCCCACAAACUAACAAAAGAUUACAUUAUGCCGAACCUCUCGAAUGAUAUUUUCAUUUUGUAAGAUCAAAAACAUUUUGAAAUUGUAAGCCCCUUUGCAAUGGGUAAUUCAUUGCCCAGAUGCGAUAUGUAAUCAAUGUUAAGUGCCACUAUCGUGCACAUUGUUUUUCUCAUUGAUGAUUGUAAUGUACAUGUACACACGUGCAUUUCUCUGUGCAGACGCGCUGUGCUGCUCAUCUCAAAGUAGUCUGAUACGGCUGGGUGGCUAGAUUUAUUCAAAUGACUGAUUCUGAGAUAAUUCAGUAAUUCAAUGGCACAUGAAGAAAUAACAUUUCCGUUUUUUCUCUGAGGCCAGCAGUUGCCCUCACACAUGUACUCAUGUUGUACAUUAUAACACAAAUUAAAUUUGACGACACAUUCAUAUCACCAAAGGAGAGAAUGGACACGAGAGGAUAUGCAGCACAGAGACAGCAAUGAAAUCAGCUUGUGUGCAGGAGCUAGAUAGAUCGUUACAUCACAAUACCAUGAGAAUCUAAAUAUUAAUUUAUACUGCAGGAAUCCGAUGAGCUAUAAAGCUCUUUUUCACAUGUCCAGUAGGGGCGAGUCAGAACAUUACAAAAACAAACAAUACAAAAACACGAUAGGAGUGCAAAGUAUAGGAAAGGUGGUGACGACUUUGGGAGGCCUUCAUCCAGAAGUGAAUAGAUAAUGGCUCAUAAUGAUUCAUAUCUAAAUGUGGCUUUGCUGACGAGGGCCGUGUGGAAGGAUGUGGACAUUUCUAGGCAUCACAGCCCUUGUACAACUUACAAAUUCUAACUCCUACACAGUAAUUGCUAAUCUAAUGGCCACUUGCAGUGUUUGUUACAAAAAUUGAUGCCAUGACAAGGAGUGAAAAUUUGAUUUAAAUGGGGUUUUUUUAUCCUUGGGGCUUGCACUUAAUUUUGGUAAGAAUUUGGAUGGAGGACAAUAAUGUAUUGUUUUAGCUUUGUUUGGUCUUAGUACAAUUGUGUUGCUAUGCGUCUAUGUCAUUUGUUUGAUGCAUUGAUGUUAAGUUUGCUGUUCAAUAUGUACUUGGAUAUUUUGAUAGCAACGUCAUGUAAAUCUAGCUUGCAAAUACAGUUUGUAUUUAAAUAAUCGAACUAAAUCCGUGCUAAACAAUAUAAAAGAAAUAUAACUACAGUAGUCUGUAAGCCGUUGUAUUGUUGUUUACUGUUAAGCCACAUUUGUUUAUUGUCUUAAAUGAAAUGAUUGUCUUUUUUUAUUAAUAAAGUAAUACUGUGAGGAUU